UCCACACGAGGAACGCGCUGCGCGUUGAAGACGUGCGCAAAAAUGCAGUGGUCGAUUACUAUAUUGAAGUAAGACAAGUUUUUGUUCUCAAGGUGCAUAACCGACAAAGAUCGUAAACACAUUAGUACAUCUGUAGGCCUUUAGCUUUGUUCACAAUUUGGAAAGCUAGUCAUGCUUCGGACUUGAAUAGUUUGGCGAUUUAGUCGAACUUGAACUUCGGAUGGAUCAGGUGCUCGGUUUUGCUCCCUUGUACCUAUAAGGACGAAGAUUUUUUUAUCACUUGAUUUAUUUUGCAUCAACAGCAAUAGGCAUGGUGUUUGAAUAUAAAUCAUUCACCCACACUGGAUAAAUCAUGUCAAAAUUCAUCUCGGAAAUAAGGACGGAGGGCUGAUCAUUCUAGUCAGACAAGUGAAGCUGUUGAGCAGUUUGCAGAAAUGGAGUCACCUAUAGUAUUGCUUCUAAUUGUCCUUUUAGGUUGGAGUGAAGGUUCCUCUCUGCAUUACUCCGACGGCAGGACCAACCGUUUCUCCCUAGAGAAAACUUUUGGUAGGCCAGUCAAGGAGUCCCAGUGCCACCAUAUGCUCAAGCAUCUGCACAACGGUGCCCGCAUCACAGUGCAGAUGCCACCCAACAUAGAGGGUCAUUGGGUGUCAACCAGCUGUGAGGUGAGACCAGGCCCUGAGUUCCUAACCCGCUCCUACCAGUUCUACCCAAACAACACCUUCCGGGCCCACCAGUUCUACUACGGGGACAACCACUGCACCACCCCCACCUACACCCUGGUGGUGAAAGGGAGGCUGCGCCUACGCCAAGCCUCCUGGAUCAUCCGGGGGGGCACCGAGGCCGACUAUCAGCUCCACCGCACCCAGCUGGUGUGCCACAGUGCGGCUGUGGCCAAAGACCUGAGCCAGAGGCUCAACCGCAGCUGCCGUGGGGCUGUGAGGGCCAAGGGGCCCUGGAAGCCCAACGUGAGCUACGAGCUCUGGAGCGAGGAGGGCGGCUGUGACUGUUCGCAGGAGCUCAACUUUGCCAUGCACGAGCUGCAGCUGCUGCGGGUGGAGAAGCAGUACCUGCACCACAACCUGGACAAUCUGGUGGAGGAGCUGUUCCUGGGAGACAUCCACACAGAGCCGGCCCAGAGGAUGUACUACCGGCCUUCCAGCUACCAGGCGGCACUGCAGAACGCCAAGAACCAUGACCACGGCUGCAUAGCCUGUCGCAUCAUCUACCGCUCCGACGAGUUCCACCCGCCCAUCCUACCUCCACGGGCAGACAUGACGGUGGGUUUGUACGGCCAGUGGGUGAGCCAGCGCUGUGAGGUCCGGCCAGAGGUCCUGUUCCUCACCCGCCACUUUGUCUUCCAUGACAACAACCACACUUGGGAAGGCUACUACUACCACUACUCUGACCCCAUUUGCAAACACCCCACCUUCAGCAUCUAUGCCCGCGGGCGCUACAGCCGAGGGGUGCACUCCACCGAUGUUAUGGGUGGCACUGAGUUUGUCUUCAAAGUGAACCACAUGAGAGUGAGGCCCAUGGAUUUGGCAACCAACUCCUUGCUCAACGUGUUCAAUGGGAACGAAUGUGGAGCCGAGGGCUCCUGGCAGGUGGGGGUCGAGCAGGACGUCACCCUGACCAAUGGCUGCGUGGCACUGGGCAUCCGGCUGCCCCACACUGAGUAUGAGCUGUUCCGGAUGGAUCAGGACGCCCACGGACGCUACCUGCUCUACAACGGCCAGCGGCCCAGUGACGGCUCCAGUCCUGACCGUCCCGACAAGCGGGCCACGUCCUACCAGAUGCCUCUGGUCCAGUGCUCUGCCAGCAGCCAGCACUCAGAGGCCGGCGGGGAGGACAACGACCAGCCCCUGAGGCUUAGCAACAGCUGUGAAACGUGUCACAGAGGCCAGACCAGGGACUGCCCAUUACUUCUGGCUUUAUUGGUGACUCUUCUGUUCCCUUGGGGCUGCAGCUUCUAAACAGUUUGGCUGAACACGAGAGCCAAUGAUGAAAGGAGUGGCACGAGCACCAGGAGAGAACUGACAAGAAGACUGCUUGUUAACUUGACACACUUGAACUUUUUUUCUCUGCUCUUGGAACUAUGGAAGCUGGGGUCACCAAGGUGGAGAACAAGUUGAGACUUGUUCUUUUGAUACCUGUUCUUUGAACUUCUUACCAAUUACCAAAGACUUGACACUGCUGCACCAGAGAAACUGCACUUUAGUAGAGAAGAUGAAAAGUCUGAAAAGUUGAUGUACUAACAGACAGGACUGUGUCUGUAAUUUGAGUUUAACUUGAGAUGUUAAGUUUUUUGGUACUACAAGCAGAUAAAAUACUAUUAAGACAAUUGUGGUCUCUUGUUUUAUAAAGAAAAAACAGAUUUUCGGGAUGCAGGGUAAAAGGGAAAUAAGUUGAGUGAACUUUUUUUAAUGAUCAUAUUUAAAUGAUCUGACCAAUAGAAGGGGUUUGAUUAAUGUAGCCUUCAGUCCUAUUGGCUGGGCCACACGACCUUUGACCCCCUAAUGGAGAGAGAUGACUGCUACUGAACCGUGUAUGUGUGUGUGUGUGGUGUGGGUGACAAACCCGACUACACCUAACCAGAGAUGGUAUAACAGGGUUGUAGUGUUAAAGAUGAGCGCAUACAGGGGGUGUUUUUUAGGCCGGAAUUGCUCAGGAGGUAGCCGGGGGUGGCCAGCAGAUUAUUACAGCUGGCUGUGUCCAUGUCCUAAAUGAAUCAAAGAACAGGAACGGAGAGAGAGAUGUUCAAAAAACAUCAGAAAAUAACUAAGUAAUGAACAAUGUAAAGCAAAAAAACUAAAUGAACAAUGUUAAGAACUUGGUACAAAUAUUAAGAUUAGAAAAUGACUAAGUACAAGACGACAUUAACUAAAUGACAAUUAUUAACAAUAUUUUGGAAGAUGAAGACCAUAUUUACCUCAAAUCACUGACUUCGCUCUCAUCCACAGAGAAGCCAAAAUGACAGGGUGAGUAGCUCCUAGAUGUGAACAGGCCGUUUUCCGAACGUCCUGCUGUUCCAGAGCCUUGUCAAAUGCGUGGAUGAAGAAGUUGUAGAUGUCUCAUAA